AUGACGUACCUCAUGCUGUCGGGGUGCGCCCUGAUCGCUUUCGGUCCAGCCCUCGCCCUGUUCUGGAUGUUCAUCGCCCCGAGCGCGCAGCUUGUCGUGCUCAUGGUCGGCAGUUCGUUCUUCUGGCUGCUGUCGAUACUGUUGACCUCGAUCCUGUGGUACGUCUUGGUGCCGCUGCGGACCCACUACUGGUUCAUCGUGCCCUUCGCCGUCCUCCUCCAGGAGGCCAUGCGCUGGGCCUUCUACAAGCUCUACGCUAAGGCGCAGAAGGCCUUCACAGGCGGUUCGUCGCCGAACGUUGCCGUGCCCCACGCGCUCGACUACUUCUCAGCUUCCCUCGCGAUCGGACUGGGCUUUGGCUUCACCCACGGCGUGGUCAUGUACGGCAGCGUGCUCGCCAGCGCCAACGGACCGGGCUCCCUCUACGCCCCGGCCUGCCCCUCCGUCUCGCUUUUCCUUCUCUCCGCGGUGUUUGCUCUGGCGUUCAUCACGAUGCACGUGCUGCUGUCGGUGCUCUCGUUCGACGCCUACAAGGUGACCGAGUGGCGGCCGUUCCUCAUCAAGACGGGCGUGAUGGCCGGCGGCCACUUCGUCAUCUCCCUCCUGACGCUGCUGAACCAGGAGGGCGGCAGCUGCGUGGCGUCGGCCGUGCUGGUCUACCUGGCCCUGGCCGUGCUCGCCCUCUUCACGGCGCGCGUGGCCUUCACCUCGCCGCACCUGCUGCGGAAGUACUCGCCUCUCGCCCAGUAA